AUGUCACAACCCGCACUGGACACCACGUGCCCUGCAAAAUCUCCAAAUACACUGUGUCCCGCAAAAGCUCUUGAAGUUGAGGAUCCAAGCUGGCUUGUUGAAAACAAUACAUUAAGGUCUUUAGUGGAACUGAACGAGAUCCGAGAUGCUCUGAUGGACCCUGAACUGCAGAAAAUGAUACUUAGGAUUGAUGGCUCUUUAGAACCAGAAAAAGAAUUGGAGAAAGUGAUGGAAGGUCAAGCUUUUGGCCAGUUCACCGAUAAGAUUCUUGACAUUGUUAGUCCACGAGAAUGAUUGCCUCUCCUGAUUGAUGGAACCCUGAUGCGGGACCAAAUAGAGACAUCCCAGGCAAACAAGGGC